UAAAUAAACAAUGCAAUGCCGUGAUACCCUAAUACUGAUCAAAAUCAAAGUAAAUUGUGUUUUGACUAAAUUUCGUUAUCUUAAAUUAGAAAUAGGACACAUGAAAUGUAAAUAGUUCGAAAAGUGAAGGAUACAAAUAAAUUUCAAUGUUAGCAUGGAUUAUAUAGCCGUCACGAAAAAUAAAAUUGACAUUAAUGAAGUUUUUAAAACACUAUCUCAUCCAUCCUGCGGUGGAACUGCUUGCUUUAUUGGGACAACUAGAGAUGAUUUUAAUGGUAAAAAAGUAAUUGAACUGCAAUAUGAAGCAUACGAGUCAAUGGCUGUUAAGGAAUUAGAAAAAAUUAGUAGAUCUAUGAAGCAAAAAUGGCCUAUUUUUAACGUUGUUCUUAUUCAUCGUAUAGGAUGUGUGCCUAUUUGUGAAACAAGUGUGGUUGUUGCUGCUAGUGCUGUUCAUCGAAAGGAAGCCUUAGAUGCAGUCUCUUAUGGUAUUGAUACAAUAAAGUCUGAGGUUCCCAUCUGGAAAAAGGAAAAAUACUGUGAUGGGACAUCUGAUUGGAAAGUAAACUGUGAAUGUAAAUCUGUGACUAAUUAAUCUGAAUAUAUCCUUAACAACUUCUUUUCCUGUUAAAUAGCAUCAUUAUAUAUCUCAGAGAAAUUAUAUAUUUUUUUUUAUCAGGAUCGAGGCAAAAUACUCUGAUUAAAAGAAAAAAAUUGACUGCAAAACAGUGACUGACACCUAUUCAGUGUCUUUUCUUAUUUUGUAACAUAAUGAAAUAUUUUGCUGAGAAUUAUAUAUUUUCUCUCAGGUAAGAAGAAAAAUAUUCUGAUGGAACAACUGAGUAUAAAUUAAAUUGUGAAUCUACGGAUAAAUAAUUUGAAAAUAUUUUUGACAACAGCAUUUUUUCUUGUUAUCUAAAAUAGAUAUAUAUAUAUUCAAGCUUAGUAAAGAGUUCCUAAAAUGACUUGUCUUCUUCAAAACUGUAUUGCAAUAUUUAUAGUGGUAAAUUGAAUAAUAUAUUUGUCUGAAUAUAUUUAAUUGUAUUGUUGAUGAAUCUGUUUUGUAAUUGAUGGAACAAAUAAAUAAAAAAAAUUUGUAGUUAUCA